CAGACAGCAGCCAAACGGCUCACCCAGCGCACCGCAGCUCACCGCUCCAGCCCUGCCGUCGGUAACGGAGAAGAUGGCAGAGCGGCAACAACAGAAGCACGAAGGCAGGGUAAAGAUCGGCCAUUACAUUCUCGGUGACACGCUCGGAGUGGGAACGUUCGGGAAAGUAAAGAUCGGACAGCAUCAACUGACAGGCCACAAAGUCGCCGUGAAGAUCCUGAACAGACAGAAGAUCCGCAGCCUGGAUGUUGUUGGAAAAAUCAAGCGAGAGAUCCAGAAUCUCAAACUGUUCAGACAUCCUCACAUCAUCAAGCUCUACCAGGUAAUUAGCACACCGACAGAUUUCUUCAUGGUCAUGGAGUACGUGUCCGGAGGGGAGCUGUUUGACUACAUCUGCAAAAACGGAAGGGUGGAGGACUCAGAGGGUCGCCGUCUUUUCCAGCAGAUUAUCUCUGCUGUGGACUACUGUCACCGGCACAUGGUGGUCCACAGAGACCUCAAACCGGAGAACGUUUUGCUUGAUGCCAACAAGAACGCCAAGAUUGCUGACUUUGGACUUUCAAACAUGAUGUCAGAUGGAGAAUUCUUACGAACGAGCUGCGGAUCACCCAACUACGCAGCUCCAGAGGUCAUCUCAGGAAGGCUGUAUGCAGGCCCAGAGGUUGACAUCUGGAGCUGUGGAGUGAUCCUGUACGCCCUGCUGUGCGGCACUCUGCCCUUUGAUGAUGAGCACGUCCCCACCCUGUUCAAGAAGAUCAGAGGAGGCGUUUUCUACAUCCCCGAGUACCUGACCCGCUCCGUGGCCUCGCUACUCAUGCUCAUGCUGCAGGUGGAUCCACUGAAAAGAGCCACCAUCAAAGACAUCAGGGAGCAUGAUUGGUUUAAGCAGGACCUGCCAGGCUACCUGUUCCCAGAGGACCCGUCGUAUGACGCCACCGUCCUGGACGAGGACGCCGUCAGGGAGGUGUGUGAGAAGUUUGAAUGCACCGAUUCUGAAGUCAUGUCCAGCCUCUACAGCGGAGAUCCACAGGAUCAGUUAGCAGUAGCUUAUCACCUCAUCAUAGAUAACCGGCGCAUCAUGACCCAGGCCAGUGAGUUCUACCUGGCGUCCAGUCCUCCACAGGGCUCCUUCAUAGAGGAAGGCAUGCCGCUGCCCCCCGGCGUCAAACCCCACCCAGAGAGGAUGCCUCCGCUUUUGGCCGACAGCCCCAAAUCUCGCUGUCCUCUGGAUGCUCUGAACACAACCCGGCCCAAACCUCUGGCGGUGAAGAAGGCUAAAUGGCACCUCGGUAUCAGAAGUCAGAGCCGGCCGUACGACAUCAUGGCGGAGGUGUACAGAGCCAUGAAGCAGCUGAACUUUGACUGGAAGGUGGUGAACCCGUAUCAUCUGCGUGUCCGGCGGAAAAAUCCCGUUACUGGAAACCUGGUGAAAAUGAGCCUGCAGCUCUACCAAGUCGACAACAGGUCCUACCUCCUCGACUUCAAGAGCAUCGAUGAUGACAUCAUGGAGGCCGUUGGGUUGAAAUCUGGUUCUUCCACCCCUCAGCGGUCCGGCUCCACCGCCGGUCUCCACAGACCCCGCCUCAGCAUCGACUCUGCGAGCCCCGCUAUCGAUCUGCCCCAGCUGAGCUCCUCUCUGCCCGGCUCCCUGUCCGGUAGUUCCCCCCUGCUUACCCCACGUCAGGGAUCUCACACCAUGGACUUCUUUGAAAUGUGCGCCAGUUUCAUCACCACGCUGGCUCGCUGAGGUCCGCUGAUUCCCAGGCUUCCCUGUAACCUGGAAGUACGUGUGUGUUUUAGGGCUAGCUGCAAAUCCGGGAGGUUUUUGGUAAACUUAUGGAAGCCAGAAAAAAAAAGGGGAGGAAUCGCAGGUCAGAAUCGCAUCAGAGUCGGUAAAAGUCCCGUUUAUUGUCACUCCUCCCGUAGAUCCUUUUAAUGACCGGACAUCCUGCUGAGGUCCGUUCUGCUGCUCGUCUUUAGCAGCUGUUUCUGGAGGAACAUCACUAGAUUUCAGCUUCUGUAUCGGUGGUAUGUUUGUCCAUUUAUAUUUAUAUUACUUUAUUAUAGUUUAAAAAAUAUAUUUUCAAAGGUAUACCAAAAAAAA